UUGUUGGGGGUCUCAUUACAUUGUCGGGCGCAUCCCGAGGCGCUGGGUGGCGGACGGUUUGUGGCCUCUCAUUCUCCAAAGACUGGCGAUAUCUGAGAAUCCUCGCCGUCCCAACAGCAAUCCUGACUCACACAUUCCGCCCCCUUGAGGACAACAACAAGCCUCUGGCGGAAAUGAAUGGACAUCCCAGCAUAUUCCUCAUUCCACAGUGGGCAUUCUGGCAAAUUCCUUUGACAUUGUCAUGGCUGAGAGGGGCUGGAUUGAGGAUUGACUGUUCCCCACUGCGAACGGAAUUCUGCAAACGCUGGGACAAAGAAAGCUGGGACGCAAUAUCUUGUCAGCUACGGUGCAUUCCCGAGACAACCAAAGGCCAUCACUCUGUGCAGUCCGCUGGGCCGGCCUCCUGCGUGCCCGUCAUAAUAGCAACCAUGGUUACCAGUGAUAAGGUCAUUCACGGUUGGCAGGGUCAUUGUCUGCCCGGUGAAUUAAUGGGAGGAUAACUCACAAAGGGGACAAUCCAACCAGAAAGCCCAGCUCAGACAUAAUUAUACGCGGAGGCGUUUUUGGAACAGACAAUUUUUUGCCUCCCCUCCUUCCAAGCAAGACUCCCUUUUCCUUAUUCAUUCUCUGUGUCGUUAGAGAGAGACA